AUGUCUUGUCCGAUCAAUGUCGAGGAAGCACAGGGAAGUCGAGCCAUCAGCGUGGCCGACUCUGCUCCAGGCGAUGCGACCCUGGCGGUCACUGAGAUCAAUGUGACGGGGAAGCGCGGCAUCCCGGUGUUUGUGGCGCCACUGCACAGCCAGAGAGAAAGUGAUGGCCGAGGCCGCCGCGCCACUGCGGAGGAGAUGAUGGGCAUGGGGUUUCAAGGCUUCCUCCUCCUGGAGGCGAGGGACGAUGACGAUCUGGUUGCGCAGCGCAAGAAGUGGUUCAAGGAGAUGCGCGGGUGGCUGAUGGUGCUGGCCACCGUCGCAGCAUCCGUGACCUACCAGGCCGGCCUGAACCCGCCCGGCGGGUUCUGGCAGGACGACAAAGAGCACCAGAUCGCUGGCAACCCGGUGCUCCGGGACAAGCACUGGUCAAGGUACAUGAUCUUCUACUACUCGAACGCCACGGCGUUCGUGACGUCGCUCGUGAUCAUGGUGCUGCUGAUGAGCGAGCGGUUCUACCACACGGAGGCCAAGGUGGUGGCGCUCAUGCUCACCACCUUCAUCGACCUCAUCAGCCUCAUCGGCGCCUACAUCGCCGGCACCACGCGCUUCUUCUCCUCCUGCAUCUACAUCAUCGUCAUCGCCUGCGUUGCCUUUGCCGGGGUCAUCUACAUCGGAGAGGUAAUGGAAGAAAUAUGCAAAUUCUUCAUGAGAAAGAUGCCUUGCAUGCUCCGACUGCUGCAGAGCAGGUGGUUCCCGGUGCCGGCUGAGGUGGUGAGGAGUCUGCCGCAGCCCGAGGAGCGCAUUAGCCAGACGAGAACAAUGGCGAGGAACAAUCAACGCGGUGGCUCCUGCGCCUGCUGUGCGCCGCGCGCGGAGGGCUGA